AUGAUCAUCUCGGUACCACUCGAGGCAAUCUCCGUGGGAUUGAAUCGUGAAGCAGUCGUGUUCCACAAUGACAUGACCAGGCGAGAUGCGUGUCUCUCGAAAAUCCGAGAUGGAUCAUUCAAUUCCGCGCCCGUCUUCUACCUCGCACAUCUCAUGUUCGAUUUAUUCGCUAUUUUUCUUAGCACAUUCCAUCUCGUCCGACAUGGAGUACGUGCGCAGCUCCUACAGAAUAUCGUGGCAAACGGAGUCUUUUUGAUGAUGCUGGAUGCCGUCGUAAAUACCUUUACCCUGCUGGGUUCCAUCGGCGUGAGUGGCAUUGAAGAUAUGGGCUCUAUUGGCUCUACCGUGACGGGGAUACUCGUUGCGCAACACAUACUCUUCCUGAUAACACCGACGAACAGCGAUGCCCCCGCAGAGUUCAAGCAUGAGGUCGUGCCGCUUCCCCCAACUGUCUACAAGGCUUCAGAUGCGCAUGUGUUACACUCUACGGGCACGCUCCCGCGGUUUGCGACACCGACCUCCAAGGGCACCGGGACGCCCUAUGGCAAUCGUACUGGCCUUCACCGCUCAAUGCCGUCUGCGGAUGGAAGCGCCAGCAUGCUUCAUUCGUGUGUUGGACGGGAAGCGCUCAAGUUUCGUGUAGACGGGGACGUUCACAUGUUCCAAUCCAAGACGUCGCUCUCUGUCCCAGAUGAGACUAGGGCUCCUAUACCGCUGGACGUUAAGCGCCUCUCACAACAAAACAGGCAUCCUUCGCCCAGACCGAGCACUAGACAGUCUGACGACAAUGACCUCAGCUCAUAG